UCACUUGAGAUAGUUAAGUACAACCCCAAUCCAACCACCAACCACCGACCACUCGAUUCUCAUCCAUCUCUCAUUUCCCCACCGUAGUCCACCAUCAACGACUCAUAAGCCAGAAAUCCCAUCUAAUCAUCCUACACCCACCCGCACCAAAUUCAGCCGUCGCUUCACAACAAAACAAUUCGCACACACUUGUCUUUGCUUCACCUCCGUUUCUCUCCUUUAAACUCGGCAACAUUUUGUCUCUCUUUCUACCAAACAAAAAAUAAUCAGAUAUUUAUUCUCGUUUCUAGAGAUUCGAUUGUAAUGGCGAUUUCAGUUUCGGCUUCAACGAUUCCUUCCUUGAAUACCAAAGCUGCUGCUGCUGCUUCUUCUAGAAAUCUCUCCAAACUCUCGUCUAUAUCUUUUCUGCAGUUCCCUGUACAGUUCCGUCAGAUUCAAAUUAUUAACAAAAGCCGGAUUUCUUCUCCCUCCAGGCCUCGUUUCCUUCCUCCGGUUGAAGCAAAGAAGCAAACAUUUUCCUCACUUGAUGAUUUGUUGGAAAAUUCCGACAAACCUGUAUUGGUUGACUUCUAUGCGACAUGGUGUGGUCCCUGUCAAUUCAUGUCUCCAAUCCUCAAUGAAGUUGGUGUUGCUCUGAAAGAUAAGAUUAAGGUUGUGAAAGUUGAUACUGAGAAGUACCCAAAGAUUGCUGAUAAAUACAGAAUAGAGGCCUUGCCAACUUUCAUUUUGUUCAAGGAUGGGAAACCCUUUGAUCGAUUUGAGGGUGCAUUGAAUACAGAUCAGCUCAUCCAACGAAUCGAAAAUUCAUUAAGCGUUAAGCAAUAGUCUGGUUGUACCAGAAAUUGAUGUAAUCAAGUUAUUAGAUUGGAAUUUGGUGAGUGAAGAAUAGACAGGAUGAUACCCCUUCUUCUCGUCUUGUGUUUUUGAAUAAUUGGUGUUGUACCAAUGAAAAAAGUUUGUGACAUAUCUUGUUCAUCUCAGCAGUCCAGCCGAUUUAUGUGAAAACAAAUUUUUUGAUGAGCAAAUGCUAUAACUCCUGGGAAUUUGCACGAUGCUUUUUGUUUCAAAAAUUUGAUGUUGAAUUCAAGCACUUGGCAUUCUUACGUUAA